AUGGCUACGACUCGUAAUUUGGUAUACUUUGUAAUAUGGAGUUGUUCUUGGUUUGCCAUUCGAGGAGGCGCAGCGCCAAAUCCAGCACAUAAUGCAGCAGGACUAUCGUUCACACCGGCGAAUGACCAAGAGGAUAAGCUCGACCAUGAAAUUCUGGCUGGUCCGGUCGACAAUGCCCAGGCGCUGCUGCAAGACUUGCAUGGGCGGUAUCUCUCGACGUUGUCAGAUGUUUUGGGUGAGGGCUGUACGGAAGAGAAUAUCAUCGUGCGAAAGGAGUGGAGCGACUUGACUCCCGAUGAGCGACGUGAGUAUAUUGACGCAUGCAAGUGUCUGCAUGAUAAGCCGUCCAGAACGCCCAAGGAUGCUGCGCCCGGUGCCAAAACCCGAUGGGAUGAUUUUGUAGUAGCGCACAUCCUGGCUUCGGACGACGUUCACCGAUCGCCUAAGCUGCUUGCAUACCAUAGGCUGUAUCUUCACGAAUUGGAGAAGGCGCUUCGAGACGAAUGCGGAUAUACUGGAGGACAACCAUACUGGCUCUGGUCUCGCUUCUAUGGCCAGCCGAUCGAUAGCUAUCCUAUAUUUGAUGGGUCAGAUACUUCACUCAGUGGGAAUGGAAAGGAAGAUACUCCCGAGAAAGGCUGCUACUGUAUCACAGAAGGGCCACUGAAAGAUUGGAGAGUGCAUCUUGGGCCAGCAGCAGGGAACGAUGCAUGUACACAGAACCCACAGGAUGACGGACUUGGACUCAAUGACAGGUGCCUCGAACGGAACUUUGACAAGAAGUACCUUGGGAACUUGACGUACGACAACGUCACAUUCACAAUCAACAACUUCAAAGAUAUCGACGGUUUCGGCGUGUACAUCGAAUCCUGGCCGGUUGGCGUCCACCAGCUCCCACAUGUAUUCAUGGGCGGGACGAAUGCGGACGUGCCGUCUGCUGCGAGCGACCCAUGGUUCCCGUGCCAUCACGCAGCUCUAGACUUCAUCUGGAUCCUUUGGCAGAGCAUAGACCUGGACAAUCGAACGCUCGCGCUGGGGAAAGCAGAAUCGUAUGCAGAUUUGCGGAAACGGAGCCAAGGUAAGUCGGCGCCUCCAUUUGUGAGGAAGUAUGCAGCCAUAGCUGACAGUGCGCAGCGCCGCCAGCGACAGGCAUUGGCCUAGAUGAUGAUCUCAGUAUUUCUCCGUACUUUGACAAAGUGAAAGUGCGUGAUAUAAUGAGCCCGACGGGCGGACACCUGUGCUAUAGAUAUGAGUAGCGUAACGAGAUAUUGAA